AUGGUUGUUUACAAUUGCUUCAAUGACGAAGAUUUCCUUCGGAAAUCUGAACAUGGCAUCGGAAAAAGAGCCAUUUACUACUUCUACACAGAGAAUUGUCCAUCAUGCCUACGUAUUAAACCGCUAUUCGAUGAUUUGUGUAAAAAAUAUGAGAAGACAUCGCUGGUUUACACGUAUUCUUGCUACAACGAUGACCAAUUGACUGGAGACGCGUUUGCAGUAAACGAAACACCAACAUUUGUGGUUAUGGAUAAUGGAGAAGAAAUCUCACGACAUGUCGGUGGAGAAGCUGAAAAAGUUCAAGAGAUAUUCGAAAAAUAUGCUAUAUAA